CCCAGCCAGUCCGGCCAGCUAUGAUCGAGGGUUCGCUUGUGAGUGUGACAAUCUAACAAAAUAGUGACCUACAGCUCUGUGACGUGAAGUGGAUGAAAACCCUAAAUUGUUCUGUGACUUGUGAAAGUGUCUGUGUAACUUGGGCUUUUUGUACCGUUCUCGCGAUAUGAACAUUAAAACGAAACGGAGGGACGUAAAAUGCAGUUAGAAGUAUCGACCGGAGGAGCAACGAUGAAUGCACCCAGACUUUAGUAACACCGUGAUAGUACAGAAAUAAAAAUGUCGGUAAAUGCUAGCGUGGGUUAAAAAAGAGAAAAUGGGAAGCAAAGGUUUCGGCGGUGAGGUGGUCGGCUUUUUACUGGCAGUAGCGUUUUGUGUCACUUGCCCCGAAUACGUGUCAUCAGCACAACGGGAGCUAGGGAAGGGCAACGCCACCGCGCCGCCGGCCGUGGACAACGCGAUACGGCCGGGGGGCUCCAUAGAUGCUCCACGGCCGACGCCCCGCACCGGCCCGUACUUCGACUUGGCGGCCUCUAAAAAUGUCACCGCGUUACUUGGCAAGACUGCAUACUUGAACUGUCGAGUUAAGAACCUGGGAAACAAAACGGUUUUGUUCCAGCUUAACAUGCAAGUAUCGUGGGUGAGGCACCGUGACAUUCACCUGCUGACCGUUGGGAGGUACACCUACACGAGCGACCAGCGGUUUCGAGCUAUACACCUUCCACAUUCUGAAGACUGGACUUUACAGAUAAAAUAUCCACAACACAGGGAUUCUGGUAUUUACGAAUGCCAAAUAUCGACGACACCACACAUGAGUCAUUUUAUUCAUUUAAAUGUUGUCGAACCUACAACGGAGAUAAUUGGCGGGCCCGAGCUAUAUAUCGAUCGGGGGAGCACUAUAAACUUAACGUGCGUGGUGCUGUACUCUCCUGAACCACCAGCGUAUAUUUUCUGGAACCAUAAUGAUGCGAUAAUAAGCUACGACUCGCCACGAGGAGGCGUGUCCGUGGUCACCGAGAAGGGGGAGACAACCACGUCGUUCCUCCUCAUCCAGCAAGCUAGACCCUCAGAUUCUGGCACAUACCAGUGUAACCCGAGCAACGCGCAGUCUAAGAGCGUUGUGGUGCAUGUGCUUAAUGAAGCAAACUCGAUUUUUCCCCUCUCAGGUGAGUACCCAGCUGCGAUGCAGCGGGGUGGCCGGAGCUUCACACCACAUACGCACUGCGUUCUGCUGGCCGUGGCCCUCUUGCUGGCGGUCUCUUGACAAACACUGAAUGGACAUUUGUAAAUAGUUUUAUCUUGAACUGGGUGUAUUGACCUUUGUGGAUUUCUGGGA